AUGACAGCUGGGCAGGUGAAGGACAGACGACUUGUACUUCCCAUUGCCCUGUCCCCUUUUCAUACUCGGGCCCAUAUUCACAUUUCCUUGCUCGCUCUCUUUCUGGCUGCAGAAUAUUUGGCUGCUUUGCCGUGAGACGGUAAGUAGAAUCGCAUGGUUCUGCUUGCUCUGGGGAGAAGGCAGGGCGAGGGCUGCAAUGACAAUUGUCUAACUGGGUUUUGUAACCAUCUAUUAUAUUCCUGUAGCCAACCUGACCUGGGACAUUGCUAUUAAUAUUAUCUAUUUUAAAUUUCUUACCUACCAUAAGGUCACAGGGCAGGUUACAGCAAUUUGAAAUGACGGCAUUAAGAUCAGAUGAAAACAAAUAUAAAUAGGUUCAAGUUCAGCAUAUGAGAAGUGGUAUGAUGAAUGUUCCAGACGCAUCUCUGUGGUAAAGGGUGGUUCAGAAAUCUUAUAUUUUAACUGGGGGGGGGGGGGAUGAAUAGAUAACUAAAUGGAACCCAGCCAGAAUUAUACAAGUGGUGGAAAUCCAGCAGUGUUCUUUCAAUAUGUUUAUUUGACUUUAUUUUUCUCCUACACAUUUAGAAUGGCCUGAAGCCAUUGGAGUGGUUAGCAUUGUGAUAAAAAUGAGAUAAAAUCCAAACAAUGCAAGCUCUAAAAGGCAUAAAAGUGCUUGAAACAAAAUCCAAAACAAAUGAACAAAUGAACCUGUUUCUACAGAAGGGAAGCCCCAUGCAAGAGUAUAAUUAAUAUUCUAUAAAUAACUUUCCUCAAGGAAAGCCUUCCUGAACAAAAACAUAUUCAAGUUGGCAACGUAAGCAUAAUGAAGCUAUUUACGUCUAUUUAUUUAUAAGGUAGGGGGCACUUUUCAAAGACUUUAUCAGAAGCCUCACCCCCCCCCCCAGUUGGCUGGGAGAAGGUAAAUCCCAAAGGGUCUGCCCAUUCAGAGUAGGGGCAUUUCCAACCUGCUUAGAAUCAGAGGCAUUGUGCACAAGAUAUAUUUCAUUCACAGUGCCUAUAGGAGGGCUACAGAGAUUAAGUCAUUCAUCAUUUUAACAAUGGUGUCACAUGUUGUCAGUCAUAUGCCCAUAUCAGCAGUCUGGAACUUCUGAACUGGGCCCAAGGGCAGCCCUACAUACAGCGCAUUGCAGUAAUCCAGCAUCACAUGGACUUCGGUGGUCAAGCUAUCCCCAUAUUGCUGGUUUAUAGCCGAGAAUGAUCAGUUGAGGGAUGCUAGUGGUUAGCUAGUGGUUAGCAACCUACUUGUGUGCGGUAUUAAAAACUCCCAUUGUUCUACGCACAUUUUGCGACGGAAUUUCAUUAGAGCAGAGUGGAAGCAAAGGAGGACCUUUUUCUGCCUCCCCACUUCCAGCUACUCUGUGAAGACUGGAGAAGAGACCCUCUGAAGAAUAUUAGGGGGGUGGGCAGGGGAAGGACUAGACCAUGUGAAAUAAUAUUUUAGCUGCAGCUCAUUCAUUUUCAGCUUUGUAUUCUUGCUACAAAAAAGCACACCUACACAUUCCAUUAUUGCACCCUAACCUAGGUUUAAGGGGCCAUUUAGCUCCUAGCUUUCAUAGAUUAGUUUCUAACACUGCUUGUGUGAUAACAUGCCCUGAUGAGCAGCGAUGUAAAAUCGUCCUAGUAUCAGAUCUGGGGAGGUCACAAGUGCAGUUUCUGGUAAUUAAGGCUGCAAAAGCAAACAACGAGAACAACCACCGUGCUUCUUUGAUUAGGCGGAACAGAACCCAGAGUUCUCUGUUAUGAGACUCGUAGUGACCCUUUCUGAUAUGGCUUCUACUAAUAGGGGUUGUAAAUCUUAUGAGGAGCAUGGAACAUUUCAGUAACAUAAAAGCAUAAGGGGGGGAUGCACUGGAACAUAGCAAACGAGUGACUAAGGUGGAGCUUUCUGAAUCUCCUUUGGUGAAAAUUGAAGUACCUAGAGCAGACUGUCCCCUGCCCUCACCAACUUUUUUGGGCUCGUGGACACAUUUGGAAUUUUGAGAUGGUGUCACGGGCACUUUCACAAAAUGGGUGCUGGGUGGGUGGAUGUGGCAAGCCCCCAAAUAAUAGUCUGGGCAAUUACCCAAGUUACUCUUGCAACAGGCUACUUGUUUUAGCAGAAAAGCAAACUGUUCAGACUAAAAUACAGGUAACUUGCUCAGACACCUGGGCAGAAGGCCAAGGUGGGACCUGAGGCUCAAAGCACAAAGCCUCUCCGCCAAUUUUUUUCUCUCUUUGGCAGCCAACUCACCCAUGGAUGGCCAAAGACAUUUUGCCACUCGCAAGUGGACAAAGUGGGGUUCAAUGCCUGUGCCAGACAGCCAACCCCUUUGAAAUUGUCCUCAUCAGGGACUGACUACUGGGAACCUUUCUCACUCUCCAUAGGCCAUUUUUGACAGGAAGUUGUCACCUCAUGAUGUCUGGAGACUGAUAAACCACCCUGCCUAACUCUCAAAAAUGGCCUGCAGAGGGUGGGCCAGUUUUGGAUCAGGGUCUCAUGCUGAAGAAAAUGUUUCCCACCCUUGUUCUAAAGGAUAAAACAAAAAUUCCCUGCAGUGGUAGAUGAGUCACUGCUGCUUACUUAGAAGCAGGAGGAAGAGAAAAGAGGGAGGAGGGAGAGUGGUACAGGUCAAAUGGACUGACAAGGAGCACAAGAUUAGCUCUGCUGGAUUGUUUGCACUGCACCAUCUUCCCUGCAGCCUCACUCCUCUUCCUCCUGAUAAGCAGCAGCGACACAUCUGCAAGGAGGUCAGCGAAGCUUCUGCGUCCCAGCAUGCUACCUUCUGCUGAUGCCCUUAAUGUGCACAUGGUGACUAUGUCACUGAUAGUAAAGACCAAUUGUUGCCUGUCAUGUUUGAUACUAGAUUCAUGAAGACACCCUGCCCAAAUUCUCAGGCUACAUGUUCUCAUGGCUACCUUUCUUCAACCAUGUUUCCACAUCUAGGACAAAGGAGCACUCCUCAAUAUGGAUGUUUCCAUCACUGCUGUGGUCUUCCCAAUCAUUUUCUGCUACCUCUGGGAAGUAGAGGCUCGAGGUUAUGACUCCGUCAUCUCCGUGCUAAAUGGAGCACCAUGGGGUCUUUGGGGGAAAAAAGAAUUUUGUUCCUUUGGUUUUGCUACUGGUUUCUCACUGAAGGUAAAACUUGAUUUGUAUUCUGCUUUCCAGACAACCUCACAACUGGUUAUCUCUGAUGUUUCUGCCCUCUUUUCUUCCCACAAAGUUAUAUUCAUCUCCAGGAAAGCAUCUUAGUGUGAACCAGAAAACAGGCCCAGAAUUGGCAAAACAUUAAUCAACACUGCAAACUUACAUUGGCUGCAUGCCACUUUAACCUGCAUGGCUUUUGUCAGUGCAUCCUGGGAAUUGUAGUUUGUGAAGGAGCUAGCAGUGCAGACCCUCCGUGUCCCUAUUUUCCAGGGAAAGUCCUCGAUUUACAGAAGCUGUCCCGGUUUCUGACUUGAUCCCAGAAUGUCCCGCUUUUCCUUAGGAUGCCCCUAUUUUCAUCAGAGAAAUGCUAGAGAAUAUAGAACAUCACAUGUUACCUGCCCCAGGUCAGUUCUCCCGUGACUGGCAACAUCUGUCUAGAGUGUCAGACAGGAGACUCUUCCAGGCUUAAGAUGCCAAUGACUGAAUCUGAGACCUUUUGCAUGCAAAACAUAUGCUCUGCCCCUGAGCUACAGCCCAUCCCAGGUGCCAUCUGGUGGUGGCAGGAAGAACUUUGUGAAAUUGUGUUCGUUUAGGAAUGGCAGGCAGGGCCAGCCCUAUCACUAGGCAAAUUGAGGCAGUUGCCAGUCCAGCCAGUCCUUGAUUUGGGGGGAAAAGCAUCAGCUAGCAAGGAAGUCCAAGGUGAAAUCACUUCCGAUUCACCAUGUCCAAUAAACUCAAAACAUACCAGGCUCCUAGAACAGCAUAUAAAACAGUCAAGGGGGUGGGGAGCAUUACAACGAUCAUUUACUAAAAUGCCCUUAUUUCAAUGUACUGGCAUCAACACUGUUCUUCAGCUCAAUUCUGAAUCUUCUUAGAAUCUUUCCCCCGCAGAAUUGCUCACAAUCCUUUCUUACAUAACACCGGUCCUGAAAGGCCUACAUUGGCUCCCAGUACGUUUCCGGGCACAAUUCAAAGUGUUGGUGCUGACCUUUAAAGUCCUAAAUGACCUCAGGCCAGUAUACCUGAAGGAGUGUCUCCACCCCCAUCGUUCAGCCCGGACACUGAGGUCCAACUCCAAGGGCCUUCUGGUGGUUCCCUCACUGCAAGAAGCGAAGUUACAGGGAACCAGGCAGAGGGUCUUCUCGGUAGUGGCGCCUGCCCUGUGGAACGCCCUCCCAUCAGAUGUCAAGGAAAUAAACAACUAUCAGACUUUUAGAAGACAUCUGAAGGCAGCCCUGUUUAGGGAAGUUUUUAAUAUUGGAUGAAACAUUGUAUUUUAAUAUUCUGCUGGAAGCCAUCCAGAGUGGCUGGGGAAACCCAGCCAGAUGGGUGGGGUAUGAAUAAUAAAUUUAUUAUUAUUAUUAUUAUUAUUAUUUGAUUAUCUGUCUUGUAAGACAUUUUUCUAUGGGAGUCCUGGGAGUCCCUCUAACCUGUUCAGGGCUGCCCUAGACCUAUAGGCUACUAUAAUACAGAAUUCAGUUUGUGAGCCCAAAUUUUCUUUUCAGUUUCUUAGUAUUUCAGGCUUACAUGAAAGGGCACACAUUUCGACUUUAUAUCUUUAACAAGCCUAUUUCACUCAAUCCUCUUCCUUUGGAGGGUGCUUGAGGGAACUUUUUGUUCACUCUGAGUCUCCCCCCCUCCUGAUUAUAUUCAAUUCCCCACCAUGUUGGUAGCCCAAGUGAGUGCCAAAGGGCUCUUACUUUAUCACAGUGUCUCUUCCUCUUUGACACCAGGUGGAACCAUAUCAAGGAGGUGGAAGGAAAGACGAUGAUACAGCCCUAAAUGGCAUCCGAUUGUUCUGCAAUGAUGAUUCAUAUAUUUCGUCCGCUGUUGGGGAGUGAGCAUCUCUAUCUUUUUUUUUAGCUGUCACCAUAAUUUAGGCUUUCCCCCUGUGCCAAUCUUGUUAUUUAUAUAUAUAUAUAUAUAUAUAUAUAUAUAUAAAAGUUGCUCCCUCUUCGCUUUUUAUUUUAGUAGCAGUGGGAAUGAGGGUUCAUAAAUUCUGUGGCCAGUAGAUGACAAAUCCACUUCCUCUGCCUUUGUGUGGAUGACUACAUUCUAGUCACCAACCACAGGGUUACGAUACCUGGACAAAACCAAUGUUUGGAAGUUGCCUUAGGACCAAUCAGCUCUACAGAGAGACAGUUUGGCCUCCGUUCUUCUUAGGUCCAAAAGAACUGAUCUGGCCAGGACCUAGCAAACCAGAAAUAACUUCACCUCACAUUUCUCUCUUAUUGAGAGUUAUACCCAGAAGUGGCUUGCCUGGUGCGAUGGAGAUACAAUGCCAGGAGGGAGAGAGGAAGGGUGAGGAGGCAGGGACAAUGGCAUGGUACAGUCAUGCUGCCAGGAGUCCCAGACUGCUGUGCCGUGGCAACUUCCCCUCUGCCUUGCUCCAACUCUCUCCCAUACCAGGAAGCACUGUGACUCUGCUGCUUCCAGUUACAUCUUCGAAAAGGCAGAAUGAAAACAGCUCCAUAAUUUCUGGAAUGUACGCAGUGGCUCAGAUAACUCUUUGUACUCAGUAGUGUGGUAAAGCAGACAGACACUGCAUGAAUAACAAGGCUUUGGACAAAGUUAAAUAAAAAAACUUUAGCAAGGUUUUGUUGAGGGUUUUUUUUUGGUAAAGCAGCAGUUUUAAGCAUUCAUUGUGAAGAUAUUAAUAGAAAAUGCCUCCCCCAUUUGUUUUAGAAAAAUAGGGUCAAAUAACCCAGGAGAAAAUGAAAAUAUAGGGAAAAUGCAGCCAGGCAAACCUAACCUAGAUUAUCAUUAUUAAAAAAAUCUGUAUCUGAGUCACCCUGUCCCCCCCUUUUUUUCUCUUCAGCCUAUGUUUUAGGCUGGACCACUAAACUGUAUAAAACGAAGCUCUUUUGUUUCCUCACUCAUUGAAAUGGGAAAUAUAAAAAUGGCUAUAGCUUUGUCCCCUUUUGGACAAGUGGAUGAAAUACGCAGGCACAAGAGGGUUUAUUAAGCCUGCCAAAUUACAGACAAAUGGAUUCAGGGCCUUUGGGGGGGGGCAAGUAGUAGGGAUUCACUUUCCUUUUUAAUCAAAGAGAAACAGAGAUAUUACAUUAGAAAACAUAAAGCUAUACAGAAAAGUACAGAAACAGAUGAACACGAAACUUUGUGGAGGCUCUCAUCUGACUUGGUGUGGUGGUAUUGACCUUGUGCUUUGACUCAAGAGGAAGGAGAUAUCCCCCUCCCCCCAAAAAUUGCUUCAGUUUUCCUUGGUCUUGAUCUGCUGUUCUUCAAUUGUAUGUUCUCGUUAAUUACAUUUGAGGUAUCAGGAAUUUGGGAGAACAUUCAAUAUCCCAUGAGCAAUGGGACCUCCCCUUCUUCUUCCUCCUCCUGCAGCCCCUUCCAACUCUCUAGAGCAGAUCUGAGGGGAUGAGGAGUGGGUGGGUACAGACAGAGGAAACGGAAGGGUACAGCUGAUAUAAAAAUCUGAAUAUAUUUCUCUUUUAUAUCUUUUGUAAUUUUCAAUUUUGCAUUUUGAAAUAAACAAUUUACAAACUUUAAAAUCAAAAAUAAAUAAAUCUGAAUAUAUUUCUCAAGCCAGCUUUGUCAUCUUUGGCAGAUGGGGAGCAUGGUCUGAGAUUCAGUAUUGCCCUGUACCAUCCAAGCUUAAGGCCUUCUCCCUGAGAGUGGAAGUACCGCAAGGACUUGGGGAUGACACUGCAGCCAACAACAUCAUGUUCAUGUGUAGCGAUGACUCCAAGCUAAAAGGCAACUCGCAUGAAUGGGGAACCUUUGGCCCAUGGAGCUCUCCCUGCCACACCGGUUCCUAUAUAUGUGGCAUCCAGACAAAGGUCGAGUUUCCACAAGGGCCCGAAGAUGACACUGCACUUAAUGACAUUAAGUUCUAUUGCUGCAAAGGAAAUUUUGGCAUAUUUCAUUAA